UUGAAAUCACAAGGAACUGCAGGUGCUGGAACCGUGAGCAAAACUAUCGGAAGACAGUCUGGAGAAGGGUCCCGACUCGAAACAAAGCGUUUCACCUACUGCUUUUAAUCAAGGGGGUGAGAUGCGCUGCGGGCGAGAAAGAGCAACAGACCUCAGAGAAAUUCCUGACACACCUCUACACGGUGUUCAAGGUUUUGUCUCAGGACGUUUGCUGUUGGAGUUUAAUUCGCAAUGCUGCCCUGCAUAAAGCAGGAAUACAGCAAUUUACAGCGGCCCCUCCCUUUCUGCUAACUCUUGCCUUUGAUCUCGGUUGCCCUUUAUCUUGGAAAUACCUAUAAAACCUUCCCUAAUCCGGUGUGGACGCUAGCCUUCCCCCUCCCCGCGCCUGAUUGGUGAGACUGAGUCAGAGCUUCCUUCUGCUCGCCGCAGAUGAUCCCGGGUUUGGCUGUGCAACGAUGAGGGCAGCCAGCUCUGCCCCUUCCUCCUGACUUCGCUCUGACUGAGCUGCAGUGGCAGCGAGCGAGCGGGCGGGCAGCGCAAAGUUUCAACAAAGAGCGUGUGGGUCUGAUGGAUCUUCAGCGUGGGAGGGGAAGUGAGUGGAUAUAAACCUCCCACUUGUUACUAAGUUUUUUUUUUGUUCACUGUGACUGCGGACUUCUCCAUGCACUGCGGAUAAUGGGAUUCUAAAGAUGAAGCAGAUAGCUCACCAGCCUCCCUGGAUUUCGCUGACGACACCGGAUUGCUUUGCCUGAAGAUGGAAACACUGGAGUCGGAACUGACCUGCCCUAUCUGUUUGGAGCUCUUCGAAGAUCCACUGCUUCUGCCCUGUGCCCACAGCCUGUGCUUCAGCUGCGCCCACCGCAUCCUAGUGUCCCACUGCGCGUCCAACGAGAGCGUGGAAUCCAUCGCAGCCUUCCAGUGCCCGACUUGUCGCUAUGUCAUUGCCCUCAACCACCGCGGCUUAGAGGGUCUGAAGCGCAACGUCACCUUGCAGAAUAUCAUCGACCGCUUCCAGAAGGCCUCGGUGAGCGGGCCCAACUCGCCCGGUGAGACCCGCCGCGGGCAGAGCCUGGACAGCAGCACCAUGACGACGGCAGAGCGCAUCCCCUGCCAGUUCUGCGAGCAGGACCCGCCGCGGGCGGCCGUGAAGACGUGCGUCACCUGCGAGGUCUCCUACUGUGACGGCUGCCUGAAGGCCACUCACCCCAGCAAGAAGCCAUUCACUGGCCACCGCCUCAUCGAGCCCGUGCCCGACUCGCACCUCCGUGGCCUCAUGUGCCUGGAGCACGAGAGCGAGAAGGUCAACAUGUACUGCAUGACGGACGAGCAGCUGAUCUGCGCCCUGUGCAAGCUGGUGGGGCGCCAUCGAGACCACCAAGUGGCAGCACUGGCCGACAGGUUCGACAAGAUUAAGCAAAGUCUGGAGACUAACCUGGCCGGUCUUAUCAAGAGGAAUAACGAGCUGGAAACACUAAUGGGUAGACUAAUCCAGACUUGUCAGCAUGUAGAGGUGAAUGCAACAAGGCAAGAAUGCAAACUUACAGAAGAAUGUGACCAACUUAUUGAAAUCAUUCAACAACGAAGACAAAUCAUUAGCACGCAAAUCAAGGAAGGCAAGGUUGUGCGUCUGCGGAAAUUGGCUCAGCAGAUCGCCAACUGCAAGCAGUCUAUUGAACGAUCUGGGUCCCUCAUCACUCAAGCAGAGCAUACGCUAAAAGAGAACGAUCAUGCCCGCUUCUUGCAGACGGCUAAAAAUAUAUCUGAAAGAGUUUCCAUGGCAACUGCAUCUUCUCAAGUGCUCAUUCCAGAAAUCAACCUUACCGAUACUUUUGACACAUUUGCAUUGGACUUCUCCCGGGAGAAGAAGAUGCUGGAAAACCUUGAUUACCUCACAGCACCAAAUCCGCCAGCAAUUCGAGAGGAGCUGUGCACCGCAUCACACGACACCAUCACGGUUCACUGGACCUCGGAUGAUGAAUUCAGCGUGGUGUCCUACGAGUUGCAAUACACCAUUUUCACUGGACUCGCCAACAUAGUUAGUUUGUGUAGCUCGGCAGACAGCUGGAUGAUUGUUCCGAACAUCAAGCAGAACCAUUACACCGUGCACGGCCUACAGAGCGGCACCAAGUAUGUCUUUGUGGUCAAGGCCAUUAACCAAGCUGGCAGCCAGAACAGUGAACCGGCCAGGCUAAAGACAAACAGCCAACCGUUCAAGCUGGAUCCCAAGUCUGCGCACCGGAAGCUGAAAGUCUCUCAUGACAACCUCAGCGUGGAGCGGGAUGAGACCACCUCGAAGAAGAGCCACACCCCAGAGCGAUUCACCAGCCAAGGGAGCUAUGGCAUCACUGGCAAUGUCUAUAUCGACAGUGGAAGACAUUACUGGGAGAUUCUCAUUGGAGGAAGCACGUGGUAUGCGAUCGGGAUUACCUACAAGUCAGCACCGAAGCACGAAUGGAUUGGGAAAAACGCCUUCUCCUGGGUAUUCUGCCGGUGCAACAAUAGCUGGGUGACGAGACACAACAGCAAGGAAUUUCCAGUGGAACCUUCUCCUCACCUGCGACGGCUGGGCCUCCUGCUGGACUACGACAACGGCUCAUUGUCCUUCUACGAUGCGGUUAAUGCUCAGCAACUGUACACCUUUGACAUUGCCUUCGUUCAGCCCGUAUGCCCCACUUUCACUGUGUGGAAUAAAUCCCUCACCGUUUUAACUGGUCUGCCUAUACCGGACCACCUGGACUGCACGGAACAGAUAUCUUAAGAAGCACGUGGGGGGGGAAUGAGGACCUUGCUUCCGAGCUUUACAGUGAGAGUGCUUUGCACAGCUAACUGGAACUGCCUAAUUGAAUCGGACUUCAUCUCGCUGUCCAAUUAGAGCUGGAACUAAAACAUACCUUAUGGACUCCUCCCUCUCCACACCAUCUCAGUUUAUAGGUAUAUUUUCUUCUUUUUCUCAAAAGGAGUCCAUUAUUUCUACAUGGUUGCAGGCACCACUUAAGGUGAUGCAUGCCUUGAUCGAUCUUCGACUGAUCUGAGCUAGAAAAUAAGAGCAAUGUAUUCAGUUGCUGCUGUGUUUGGCUAAAAGGUCCCAUCUUUCAUUUCGGGCAGACAGAUUUCACUAUAUACAUCAUAAAUGUGAACAUUUGAUUGUGUUGUGGAAUGCACUUAAGGUGUACUCAGAAUUGAGUAUUUGGGGAAAUCAACUUUAAGGAUUAGGAUUUGAAGUUAGAUAGUUUGCCUUCUAUAUUUUUCAAAUGUCUCCAUAAAUGUGUAGGGUCACAAUUGAUCUCAAAGUCUCAACCCUGACCCAAACGAAAACCUGUUUCUCAGAACCCUUUCCAACGUAACUCAGAUCAUCUUCUCCUGUGAUCUUUCACAUUCAUGCUGUCAUCUCGCAGGGGCUACACACACCUCCAUGCAUUUUCUUCCAUCUAGGUUUUAUUUAUUCUGUUGAUUUCCUAUAGAAGAAAAAAAUAGCUUUGAAUCACCGCGUUUGCAUCUCCCCAUCUCUAGAUCAGUCAUCAAAAAGUGAGAAUGUGGAUUGAAUUGUUUCUGUCAAGUCAGUUGAGGCUGUUUUUGACAACCAGCAGACGAACCGUUGUAAUUCCUGAACCUUUACUUUUUGGGACAGUAUGGCUGGGUGUCCAAAUCCUUUUGAUGAGACUAAUUGAUAAUUCCGAAAUCAAACUUCCAUCCCCAAACAAGUCUCCGCAGCUGUGCUAACAUUGAGACUUUAACAUGACUAAAUAACAGGCCCUUAUAAAAAAGAUUCUGCAUGUCGAGUCAUUUUAGCCUAUCUCCUUCUAGAUACAGAAAUUACAUUUCACUCUUUACAACUCCAUGUGCUGCUAUCAGAUUGUAAAAUGAAAUGAUGUCCAUUCAGAUCCCUGACAUAACUUGCCAGUGGACAUUGACCCUGUCCUGUGAGCAUGAUGGAUGAAAAUCUACCCCUUAGAAUAAUACAGUUACCUACCUGUACUGGUCCAUGGGCACACCCAUUCUUAUUUUGACAUUACACUUUAGACCCAGAGGAAGAUAACCCUGUUACUGUUCAACAUCUAGCUCUAACAUUCCUCUGCUUUGUACUUACUCUUAUAUAGGGGAAAUUUAUGUUAUUUAUAUAAAAUGAUUUUUUUUUGAUGAAAAUUAUUAGAACCCUUUGCUUUUGCACAUUCAAUGUUUACUAUCGUAUUUAUGCUUAGAUGGUUUGUUGGAAAUUGAGAAAUAUGUGAAAAAAGAGAAAAUUAUGGUUUUCCCAACAGGAUUAUUAAGAAUUAUUGAUUAAGAAGCUAUUGUUGAGGACAGACUGUGCGAUGAAUAGUAUAGUUCAGCUGAUUUGUAAAUUAUCUAUCUUAUACAGAAACCGAACAGUGCUGAACUGGAUUUAAGGAGAUAACAUCCCAUUUCUAUACUUCUGCUCAUAGGAGUUGGACAUUGACGGUAUAAUUGUACAAAGGAAAUAAACUAUUUCUUCUUGCGAACCUUGCAUUUAGUUCCAGAGUAGUUAGCUGGGUUGACGCUUCAAUAUGACAUUAGAUUUCAACUGCCUUUCCCCAAUGAUCAACAAGUGGUAAUUAAUCAGACUCAAAUAUCUUUACCUUAGCAAUAGUAUUUCAUCUAAAGUAUCAUAGGAACAUAAUAGAUUGUGUGUUUCCUUUCUGACUGUGGCUCCUUGUCCCUCCUGGUAACUUCACAUAUUUGACCACAUUGCCUUUACACCAAAGUGCAUUUAUACAGCUCUUUAUUUGCAAAGGUAUGCAUGAUCAUUUUUUUUUAAUCCAAAGAGGAAAUGGGUGCAGAUGUCAUUAGAAACUUCAUUCCAGAGCCUGAUCUUUAGAAGCGGAAUGGUGUCUACUAUCAAUCUUGUUUUAGAAACAAUUAGACAGGUCCCUCUAACCUGUCUAGAGUAUGGGCCAAACGCACGCUGGUGGGACUUGUGUGGAUGGGAUGUGUUGGUUGGUGUGGGCCAGUUGGGCCGAAGGGCCUGUUUCCACACUGUGUGACUCUAUGACUCUAUUAUCACAAAUUCUGUAGGUCUCAACCCAGAUAAGGAAUAGUGAAACAGCAAAGUAUAGGGAUAGUAUAAUGGCAUCAUUGUGAUGCAGAAGGAUAAUUAUAUUAGAAUGGGACAAGAACGAAAAGAAAGCUUUGAACUGUAGAUUUACUUCCAGAGUCUGUAAGUCAAAUCAUUGCCAUUGCAGGUACUUUGAGUCAGGUUUGGGACAUCAGUAAAGGUAAGAGACAAAUUACAUAAACAUGCCUUGUAAUCACUGGAAUAUAGAGAGCUAUGGAUGGUCAUAUUGUGAUUUUUAAGAAGAUUUUGAUAGGAUAGAUAUGGAUAAUAUAUUUAUUUUGGUCGAGGUGGCCACAGGCUAGCAAACACAGUCAGAAAACUGGCCCUGGGCCUUUUUCAGGAUGAAAUAAACAAUACAUUUUUUCACACUAAAAACUGCACAAACCAGAAUCCCUCACUCACAGGUCAUCUGGGUGCAAACGUAAGGGUCAGUUGACAUUUUAAAGAUAAUAAUCAAUAGAUUUUUGUCAGAGAGUUAAACAGAGUUAUGGGAUAGAUUUACCGUAAACUGAAUAAAUGGGGAAACAAGCCCAAGGGCCCAAUUAGUUCCAGUUCCCAUGUACACUAAAUAUGUUAGUUCAAUAGGUCAUUGAAAGUUGUAAAAGGAUAUGGCGUCAGUUGGAGUAUUGUCUCUUUAGAUUUUCAAUCAGCUUACAUCAAUCCAAUGUUCACCUGUAACUACUGUUAGAAUUUUAUGUAAAGAUGAUUUUUCAUUUCAUAUAAGAAUGUGUAUUAAAUGGUCCGGUUAGGAAAUGGAAUAAGAAUGUGCAUGAAAAUGCAAUAAUCCUCACUGCAGAAUUAAGCACAUUUUUGUGCCUUAUGCUCCACCUGUUUCAAAAACAGCAACACAAACCUGGUUACUGUGACUUGAGUUAACCUAAGCCUCUCUGUUAUGGACCAUGGAUAUUGAUUCCAGCACACAGGUACUUAAUUCCACAUGAAACUCCUGAAAGGUGGUACCAGGCAUUGAGAUGCCACACGAGGAAUUCCGAUCAGAGUGAUGUUUUGCCAUUGUGAAUUCGCAGAGAAGAGUGUUUAAGAAGCUGCACGUCCAUCAUUGAAUGCUGACAACACUUUGAAGAUGAUAAUUCGUUAUUAGCGCUUGUUGACCAGUGGAGGACAGCCGAGCGACUUGGACACAAAUAAAACAGGCUGUUUGGCGCGCAAGAACUCAUUACUCGAUAAACGGGUGCCAAAAGGUCAAGGCAAAGGACUUGCAAUAUCAUGUUACAAAUCCUGCAUGUCAUUGAACACCUAAGCGAGAACUGUAGCAUUCUGAGAUGCCAUGGAAACAGGUAAUGUGAUCUGUGAAAGGACAGUGCCGCAGAGACUGCUGUUGAACCGUGUCAAUGACUCUGCUUAAAGACUUACUAUCCUUCACUACCACAAAUAACCUCUGGAAAGUAAUUCCAGUGAGUGACUUUACAUGAGAGUUGGGCUCUGAAGUCAGCCACUCAGUUUGAGCUGGUCCGUCCAUUUCUAAGGCGUGCUUUAAUUAAUAUAGCUGGUAAUUCAGUCGACAUUCAACAGUUCAACUGUUAAAGCUGCACCUCACCUUGUUUUGCCAGCAUGGAAGCAAUGUGCAGUGACUGGAGGGACAAUUCUAUGUAUUACUGUUGACAGACACCGUCAUACAUCACCACCCAUGUCCAACCCUGGCUAUUGAUUUUGUUUUUGUUCUUUUACAAUUUUAAUGGAGUGGCCUGUUUUAUCUCAAAAUAUUUCGCAGUGCUGAAUUCAAUGCCUGAUUCUGGAAUAAAGAACUAGUCAUGUCAAGCCAGA